AAGAGGUUAAUUUCCGCAGAAGAAGCGAUCUCUCGAGAGAAAGAAAGAUGUAUGACUAAAGUGUGGUCACUAAGCAAAGUUUAAGAGAGAUAAGAUAAACAGAAAGAAGAAGGAAAAAGACUGAAACUAAUUCCUCUCUCGGUACUCAGCCAACGAGUGAAGCUCCUCCCACAGGAAUCACAUCAUCAGUGAAGCUCCUCCCACAGGAAUCACAUCAUCAGUGAAGCUCCUCCCACAGUAGUUCACCAAUAAAUGCUGGAACAUCUCAUCAGUUCAGAAGAGAAGAAGAGCUGAAAUCUGUAAAGUCUGAGUUUAUUAAAGAGGACAGAGAGAAGAUGAGAGAUCAAGAAGCCUCAACCCUCAGAAUCAAACACACUGAAGAUACUGAACAAACAGAGCUGAUUGAAGAGAACCAGGAGAGUGAAGAAUUGAGUGAAGUUGAGGAGAAAAAUCAUGUCAAAACCAGAGAAAAGCCUUUGAGUUGCUCUCAAACCAAACAGAAAGAUUUAAAGAAAAGAAGAGCCAAGAAAUCUUUCACCUGCACUCAGUGUCCAAAGAGUUUCUCACGCAAAUAUAAUCUUGAUAUUCACAUGAGAGUUCACACUAGAGAGAGACCAUACAAAUGUGAUCAGUGCGGGAAGUGUUUCACACAUACAGCAACACUUAAGGGUCACAUGAGAGUUCACACUGGAGAGAGACCAUACACAUGUGAUCAGUGCCGGAAGAGUUUCAUACAAUCAUCACACCUUAAGAGUCACAUGAAGAUCCACACAAGAGAGAAACUGUACUCAUGUGAUCAGUGCGGGAAAACAUUUUUGAGGGAUUCAGUCCUAAAGCAGCACCUGAGAGUUCAUACACAGGAGAAGCCAUAUUCGUGUGAUUUGUGUGGAAAGAGUUUUUCAAAGCUACAAACUUUGAAACAACAUCAGAAACUUCAUACUGGUGUGAGAGAGUACAUGUGCUUUGAGUGUGAAAAUACUUUUAUUUCAGCGGCCCAUUUAAAACAGCAUGAGAGGAUCCACACUGGAGAAAAACCUUACAAGUGUUCACACUGUGAAAAGAGAUUCAGUCUGUCAGGAAGUCUGAAAAGACAUGAGAGGAUCCACACUGGAGAGAAACCUUACAAGUGUUCACACUGUGACAAGAGAUUCAGUCGGUCAGGAAGUCUGAAAAGACAUGAGAGGAUCCACACUGGAGAGAAACCGUAUCACUGCACUGCAUGUGGGAAGUGUUUCAGUCAAUCAUCUGCUCUACACAGUCAUACAAAAAACAUUCACAGUAAGUAGAUAAUCUUCAGAUCCAGCACUUUCAGAUCUAAUGCUGCAAUAAUGCUGCAAGCAAUAAAAUAUCACCUGGAUAAAUCUGUCCUAACCAGACAUUACAAGCAACAUGACAGAAACAAGUUUUCACAGUUAAUAAAGUUCAUCUUCAUCUUCAAAAGCAGCAGAUUCGACUGAGAUUCAGAUCAACUCAAAGAUGGAGUUUCUACCCAAAGAACAAUGUCGAAAUGUUUUAUUAUUGUAUAUCAUUUUGCUUCAUGAUAUAAAUGUUAUACUUGUAAUUUUAUAUGAGUUUCAUGUUACCGUAAUUCCUCAAAUAAAAACCGGUAGUCAAAUAAACGCCGGGCCUCUUAUAGUGGCCGGGGGCGUGGUCAACACGGACAAAUUAAGGCCGGGGGGAAAUUUGUGCAGCAGAGCCAGAU